AAAUUAUAAAUAAACGAAAUUAUAAUUAAAUAUGUAUAUAUUUGUAUAUAUAUAAAUUGAAAGUAAUAAUACUUAAAUUCCACAUGCUUGUCAUCCAUUUUUUCUGAUUUGGCGCCUAAACUGAUAAAAGAGGCGGGAUUUUACACAGUAUUGGUGUUGAUAUAGGUAGCUGUUAUGGCGAUUUGAGACUUAAUUGUAAUUUAUUAAAAUUUUGAAAAUCUUAACGGAUUUCUUAUAUUACAUACAUAUAUAUAUAUAUUCGUAUAUAAAAAGAUGUCUCAACCAUCAGUAACGGCGUAUUUUAAUACGCGUAAACGACAAGCAACUGACGAUUUGCGAAGCAAGGCAAAGGUUUUGCUUCUUGAUCAAGAACAAUCGAAAUUGGUGAGUAAUCAAAAUCGAACAUCAAUAAAUAAGAAUAAUUCCGAAUUAUCGGGAACAUUAAUUUCGAUUCAAGAAGAAAAAGCAAUGGGCACAAGUCCGAAGGUUAUUUUUGUAUCUGGAAAAGAAUCAGUGAAUAAUCGUACUUUAAAAUCAAAUUCGGUUGUUCGGAAUAUUCAAUUCGAUUCUCCUAAAUCAAACAUUCAAAAAACACUUAAACAUAAUGUUCGUACUCGAGUCACACGUUCACGAAAAUUAUCUGGUCAAGAAGGACAGGUAGAUAUCAGAGAAAGUUUUCAAAAAAUCGCAGAAGAUUUAGAUGAAAAGAAAGUAUUGUUUGAAAAGAAAGGUGCAUUAAGUCCAAAAAAGAAAUUUCUAGGAACAUCUAAAAUAGAUGAUGCUGCUAAAAAUUCAACUAUAAAUAUUUUAAAUGAUCAAUUAUCAAUUAAUUUCACAACACCAAAAAAAGGUUCUAAUAUGGAUAAUUUGGUAAAACAAGAGUUAUCCCUUAAUGAAAUAAGAAAUAAGAUUAAUAAGUCUUCUAGGCUUAUGGAAUUAAAAGCCUCUAUUGCACGUUUCAAGAAUUGUGAACAAAGAUUAGAACAAUUUCAUAAACAAAAUGAUAUUAAACCGCAAAUACAGAAGUUUGAAAAGAUUCAACUUGAGAUACCAAUUAGUCCACAGAAAGCACAUAAAUCUCCAAUCAAAACAAUAUUAAGUCCUUUGAAAAAUAAACAAUUAAUGAAUGCCAGUCCUCAACGCAGAAUUUUAUUUGAACCUAAAGACACACCUCCUAGCCCAGUGAAAAGUAGUCCAAUUAAAAUACCAGCUUAUCAACAAUAUUUAUCACUUGCUGAAAGUGGCACUCCUGCUUUACCAUUACCAUAUCAUUAUAGAUUCUUGGCAGAGGCAUUCAGAUGUUUAGAUACAAUUUCUGCAAUGCUGUUCAAUCGUAAAGAAACAAUAACUUUUAAAAAACUAAAACCUGCAAUUCAAGAAUUAUUGCGUAAAAAUUUCACAUUAGAACAUCUAGCACAAAUUAAAACUAUUUAUCCAGAUGCAUAUAAUUAUUGUCAGGAAAAACAUCAUACAUUUGGUUCAACAUCCAAACAAGAUAAAUUUGAAUUAAUUCUUAUACCUUUCAUUGAAGAAAAGGAUGGAAGGAAUACCCCAGAUUCAGAUGAUGUUUUAAAAACAGCAUCUGAAGCUAGUAUGGGACCACGAAUAUUACUUGAAAGACGAAGAAAGUUUUAUAAUAUCUUACUUGAUAAAGUAAAAGAUGAACAUGAAAAAUUUUUACUUAGUUUGGAAACACCAAUGCAUGUACCAAAAGAAAAAAUUGUUCGUUGGCAUCCUGAAUUUGAUGUAGAAAGUUGUAAACCAAUUGAACAAUCUGAUUUACCUCAACCACCUCAUGUUGAGAAAAUUACAACUGCAAAAGAUGUUCUUGAUAAAGCAAAGUCAUUAUUCAAUUGCGGCACUCGCAUGGAAAAGGCAUUGCAACGAUUAGCAGAAGCAAAGAUGACAUCUAAAACUCUUUCUUCAGAAAAGAAUGAAAUAAACAAUUCAACUCAAACAGAAGAGAAUAUAAGAAAGAUUAAUAUUACUGUUGUGGAUACUCCACCUAUCACACCUACUGUACAAAACAAUCAUCUUAGCACAGCCCUUAAAGGCAUACCAAAGGCCCUUCUUGAGAAAGUUCGAGCUAAACAAGCUGCCAAAGCAUUAGAAGCUAUGACACGUACACCAAAUGCUGAGAAAGAAGCUGUAAUGUAUUCAAGAUUACCUGAAUUAGUUAAAAUUUUGCGUAAUAUUUUUGUAGCUGAAAAAAAAGGGAUUUUGACAUUGGAAUUUGUAAUUACAAAAUUAGAAAACUCAUUUAGAGCAAAAUUAACUUCUGCUGAACUGGAAGAACAUAUACGUCUAUUGUGUAAACUAUUACCUACAUGGACUAGCAUACAUAAUGUACGAAAAAUAGAUUAUUUAAAAUUACAAAAAGAAAUCGAUCUUGCAAAAAUAGUAAAAAGAUUAGAAAUUAUGGCUAAUAAUAAAGUAAAAUCAUCAUGA